UUCAUUUUGAGUUUUUUGGUUUUGCUUUGCACUUGUUUUAAAAGAUUCGGUUAUUCCCCGUCUUUAUCUCGUGGAGUAAUAAGCAGUUGCUGUUGUGUUUCGCGAUUUAACGAUGCCACGUAAAGGGUCUUUUCUUCUUGAAUUCUUAUUGGAGAGAUUAAAUAAUACGAAAUAUCCUAAUGUGCUUUUUUGGAUAAGUGAAUCUCAGAAAAUAUUGGCCAUUCAAAUUGCACGUAAAAGCAGCAAAAAUUAUUGUGAAGAGGAAGAUGCACUUUUUGAAGAAUGGAGUUUGGUAAAAGGCCAUGAGAGUGACCCUGCUGAUAAUCGUCAGCGGUUUCUUCAGGCAGUGAAAAGGUCAAAAUUUCUCAUUAUUUGUAAACCAGAACAGUUGAGAGAUUGUGACAAACAACUGUCAAAAGAUUUGCUACUUCUUAAACUCGCAGAAGAUGCUCAAGAAACGAAUUUCAAGCUUUUUGAACAGAUUGAAGAAAUGGAUUGUGAGCCUUUAGAGCAGCCUGAAGAAAUGGAUUCCAAGCCUUUAGAACUAGGUGAAGAAAUGGGUAUAAAGUUUUUAGAGCAGGAAAGUGCACAAUUCAGCAUUUUAGAACAAACCAAAAAUAUAGAAGUUGUCACUUCUGACAUACCGAUGGAUGAAAUUAAAUUUCCCAUGAAUUAUGAUCCUGUUGAGGAAUUGCAGAAUGCUUGCAGGAUUCACACAGUUCCUAAUAUGCCAGUUGUUCAACCUGAGGUAGACUCUUUUGACAGUUCGUUUUAUAAGUUAGAUGUAUAUAUGACAGAUUCAUUUGAUGGUGGCAAUGUGAUUGUUAAGGAAAAAGUAAGCCUGAAUAAUCCUGUAACUCCAUCAUCCUCUUACAUGAUAGUAAUUAAACCUAAGUAAUAUCUUUCCACUGAGCAAACUGAGCCUGACAGUCUUAACUAAGUGGAUUAUGGAUGCUGUUUACUGGAGUUGGACAUUUUAAAUGCAUGCCUCAUGUUAUAAUGAUGCUUAGUACUUAAAAAAAUUCAAAUGUAAGCUUAGUGCAUGUAUAACCAAAAACUAUAAUUGUGAUAAAACAUUAGUACAGUUUGUCUCUUCCUUUUCCCAAAACUCAAAACAUUAAUAUAUGUAGUCAUCUAGAUUCUGAUGAUAUUUUAACAAAUUUAAUAAACUGAAUAUCAAAAAGUGUAUUUUGAUAUAUACCAAAA